UUGGGACCUGGGAGGAAAUUAUCCCGCAGGGGUAACGAGCUGGAAUUAAAGAAGAAAAAGAAACAAGAAACAAGUUACAAACCAUGGAAAUGUACGAGGUUGCUGUUUAGUUGUCUGCAAUGCAAGCAGACGUGUUUUCACCGUGAAUUCAUACGAGGAGGUUUGUGUGUGGUACUGUAACCCUCCCUCUCCACCAUCAUGCUGAGUUUCCUGCGCAGGACGCUGGGCCGACACUCCAUCCGGAAACAUGUAGAGAAAACCCGGUUAAGGGAGGCCCAGCGAGCCACAACACACAUCCCUGCUGCUGGGGAUGCAAAGUCUAUCAUAACCUGCCGUGUAUCCUUACUGGAUGGGACGGAUGUCAGCGUUGACCUGCCGAAAAAAGCCAAAGGUGAGGAGCUGUUUGAGCAGAUUAUGUACCAUCUGGACAUCGUAGAGAAAGACUACUUUGGACUACGCUUCAUGGACUCGGCACAAGUGCCGCAUUGGCUUGAUGUUUCGAAAAGUAUCAAAAAGCAAGUGAAAAUCGGCCCACCAUAUUGCCUUCACUUGAGAGUGAAGUUUUACUCUUCAGAACCGAACAACCUGCACGAGGAGCUGACCAGAUACCUAUUUGUGUUACAAUUGAAGCAAGACAUCCUCAGUGGAAAGCUAGAAUGUCCAUUUGACACAGCAGUGGAGUUGGCUGCCUUCUCGCUACAGGCUGAGCUGGGUGAUUGUGACCCAUUAGAACAUAAUCUGGACCUGGUGUCAGAAUUUCGCUUCAUCCCAAACCAAACGGAAGAUGUGGAGCUAGCUAUAUACAACACAUGGAAGGAGUGCAGAGGUCAGACACCAGCCCAAGCUGAGAUUAACUACCUGAAUAAAGCCAAGUGGCUAGAAAUGUAUGGGGUGGACAUGCAUAUGGUCAAGGCAAGAGAUGGUAAUGAGUACAGUCUGGGUUUGACACCCACUGGAGUUCUGGUGUUUGAAGGACAAACCAAGAUCGGACUCUUCUUCUGGCCCAAGAUCACUCGUCUAGAUUUCAAGAAGAGCAAAUUGACUCUUGUGGUUGUGGAGGAUGAUGAACAGGGUAAAGAGCAGGAGCACACUUUUGUCUUUAGGAUGGACCAUCCUAAGGCCUGUAAACACCUGUGGAAGUGUGCUGUGGAGCACCAUGCUUUCUUUAGGCUGAGAGGGCCAGUACAGAAGAACUCUGCACGCUCUGGAUUCAUACGCAUGGGGUCACGCUUCAGAUACAGUGGCAAGACAGAGUAUCAGACAACCAAGGCCAACAAAGCAAGGCGGUCAGCCUCCUUUGAGAGAAGGCCCAGUCGACGUUACUCAAGAAGAACCAUGCAGAACAGAGGACCAUUCAAUCCACAGGAAGUUCUUUCCUCAGGAAACGGAGUCAGCUCCAGCAAAGACAACAAGGUUUCUCCCAGUAGAGGUGCCUGGUCAAGCGUGCCUGUGGUCACCCCAGCAGCUGCUUCUGCCUGUGGACCAAUGGAAAUCGAAGCACUGCCCAGGAGUCCUGGAGGAGAAAAAAGGAGUGUGCCCGUGGUUGCUGACCUGAUGGAGACAUGUAUUGAUGAUGUCCUCAGGACUCCUGUUGUUCCCAUGGUGACAGCUAUAGAGGAGGCUGGACCAAGCAAUGCCUAUGCCACUACCAGUGUCACAGCAGAGGAUCUGCUCAGCCUCAAUGAAGCAGCAGCUCGUCUGAAGCAGCUGGAGUUGGAGAGCAGCCCACUUCUUGCUACUCCAAGAAAUAACGUUAAUGUCAAUAUGGCCAUGAACAAUCAGGAGGAUGUGGUGAAGCUCACAGAGAAGUCUGGUCUGAGCAGUACAGGCAGUAGUCCAGUUGUCACUCCACUGCGCACCCCGGAGGAUCUGAAGAGUAACAUCCUGAAGGCACAAGCUGAGGCUGCCCUCAAGGGCUCUUUGGAGGAACAUGCUGUAAUGGUUGGAGAUAAAAACUGUAACUUGCAGGAAGCUUCUGCCAGGUUGAAGGUGCGUAGCGGGCGAAUGGGCAGUAACUCGUCUCUUUCUGUCACCAGUCGGCCUGACACCCAGGACUCCUGGGACCUGCUAAAGCCAGCUUCACUGAUCUCAUCAGCAGGGGCCAGUGCCGAGAGGUUAGCUGAAGAUUUAAAUCCCUCUGCUCCCAAGAUGCCCUCUGAGUCUGCUGGUGAAACCAUGGCACCAAAGGUUAAAGCGGAGGAGGUUGACCUGCAGAACAGUGCUCCACUAUCUGACAACCUGAUCGACUUCACUGAUCCAACUCCUGCACUACCAUCAGUGCAACAGCCCAAACCUCUCAUCACACCUCGCUGGAUCAUUCCAACAACUGCUCCUCCUGGUGUCUUUACUAACGGCCUGCUCGACCUCGACCCCCCUGCUAAGGUCGCCCCUCUUCUCCCUGCAGAUGGGGGAGCUGCUCUCACCCCAGCCCUCCCCCACCUCGCACGCACACGUAACACCAGCUCCGCCAGCACUGCGGCUCAACCACCAGCCUCGGAGGAUGGAGCCAAACCCAGAGGUCUCCUGACCACUGAGCUCUGAUGAAGAAACGAGGAGCCACCACCAUCAACAUUCAUCUCCCAGACGGCUUUCCCACCUCAUCCCAUCACAUCCCAUCACCCUCUCACCCUUCCACUCACAGGCAAGCCGGGCCGGAUGCGCUGAACACUGUGGGCUAAGAAGAAUGCCAGAAGGAAGAGGCAGCUGAUUAGCACCACAAUUUCAAUUGCACCCACACUGACAAACAGAUAGAAGGAAAUGUACACAGAUCAGCAAUAGGAAUGUGAGCACAGUUUCUCACAACACCAAACUUAGUUUUUGUAAAACCAGUAAAACAAACAUUUAGUUCCAGUAUUAACAUCUUAAGAACAUGUAACCUGUGAAUUUGCUGUUUGAGUUUCACCGUUAGUGACCUGCCAUUUAUUUAAUCCAUCCAGUCAACCAAACCUCAGCCUCUAACCACCAGCACCAACUUCCUGUAGAAAACAAGUAAUGACAGUCAUGUCUGCUACAGAGGUCAAGUUGAGGCUCAUACACAGAAAUCCACCAUCUCAUGACUGUAAGGUACGUUGCAUAAAAGUAUCAACCAUUAGCUUCUGACAUAAAUGGUAGGUUGUCUCUUUUAGUGCUACUCUCCCACCACCCUUUUGUUUUUUAAAUCACUGGCAAUGAAUAGCCACUGGAUCCCUGCUACUCUGAGCUUUUCUGCUGAACUACACUGGAACUGGACUGAAAAGACAAGUCUAAAAAUUAAGGACAGAAAGACACUUAACUUAAGACUUAACUUAAGAUGUUGAUUCUAAGAGAUAAACAGCACCUGGACUCUUGACAUGAUGAAACACGUGGACGUGAUACUGUACUGUCCUUGUAGCACACUGCAAAACCUUUUUUAAACCCAGUCAAUACUACAUGUGAAACUUGUCUGUUGCAGCCACUGGAUAUGAACACUACUCUGGAUUAUCUUUGCAACACUGGACCUUGAAUGAAUUCUUUGCAAUGGAUGAUGAUUAAGACGACAACUUCGGUUUUUCAACUUUUGUUUUUAUUAUCCUGCUCUUACACUUUUGUCUAUUUUUGAUGCUUUUAUUUGCCCUUUGCAUUACAUUUUAAAUCUGCACAUUUUGGUACCAGCGUCAAGAGGGACUAAACAUCACUAACAAAAUUAGAACACUUUGUCUAAAAUGUGAUUCAAUAAUAAGCUUCACUGGAAACCACUGCUUUCAUAUGCUGAUUUUUUUUUAUUUUUUUUUUAGUUAUCCACAUUAAUUUUAAUUUGUAAACUGUCAAAAACUCUUAAAGUUAAUUGUGAUCGUUGGAGUACAUGAUGGACAGUCAGUCCAAGUUGAACUCGGGAUAAUUGAACUCAUUUUAGACACUAAUUUGACCCUUUUAUAGACAAUGACUCAAAGUAUUAACAUGCUGUAGCUAUUACCCUGCCUUAUGUAAAUGAAUGUAUUCAAAAUGUCUAUUCCAAGAAUGCUGGAGUACAAAUAUAUGACUUGUACAACAUCUCAUCUUGAAUCCACAUUUGCUAAUACUCUUUAUAACCGAAGGAAAACUUUUUGUACCUGUGAAAUUGAGGCCUAAUUCUACAUUGUCUGAGUUAUUAAUGAACUUUAUCACACUGACUAAAAGGUAGAAUUGUAGAUGUCAUACAUUUUUUUUUACCCCAUACAUCAUAACCACUGAGUCUGGACCCUCAUUCAAGUUAUGUCUAUGUAGCUUUUUUUUAGUAUGAUGCUGAUGAAGGGAAGCUGACUGUUUUACAUUGUCUUCUUAGCAGUGACAGUUAUUUAUGCUACUACUCACUGUAAUUGCUCAAAUAUUACAUGUUGUCCAAAAGUGUUGUAGCAUACAGUUACAAUGUAUUAUCAGUAUAAUGGCAUCAGCUGGCUGUAGAUAUGAAGUAGAUUUAUAUAUAUAUUUUUUUUUUUGAAGAUGAUGUUGGCAGUAUUGUUACUACACACUAAGGAGAAUUUCAGCAUUGAGGUGUUUUCUAAUUACAAAACAAGUAGGAAUUGUGUCACUGAUCAAACUGGGGAAAACACAAGUUGUGACAUCUCAAUUUCAUUUUUAUAUAAACUUUUCUUUUUUUUUUUUUCCUGGAAUACCUUGAUCAUGAUUCAGUAAAGCUUUGCUACAGUAGGAGUCAGUUGUUUUUCAUUCAUUUUCAUUCUUUAGCUACUGUUAAAAUUAUUUGCAAAGGAGGUUAUCAGUGAUCACAGUUUGAUUUAAGCAAGAUGUGAACCUGAUUUUCUACCCUGCUGUGGACCAGAUGUGAUUUUGUCUGGUUAAACCUAUUAUGAAACAAUAGCCUGGAUCACUCAAAGGUUAAGAAAAACAACAUAUUUUGCAUUCCUACUUAGCCGCCCUGUCUGUUAUAAGUAAAGCUCUUGUAUCUGUAUCAGUGGCCUGUUUAAAAAAUUGUUUUUUAAAGCAAUAGCCUGAAUUUGAGUUUAUUUACUAGUCACCAUUUGUCAUCUAAUGGAGUGCUCAGCAAAGUGGUAUUUUUUGCCAUUGCACCCCUCAAAAGGAUGUGAUUUAAUCCUACUAUUUGAAGUGCAUCAUCCACUAAAAUAAAGGAAAAACCUACUUUUAAAAACAACUAAUAAGAUCUAA